UACGACAUAAUUACCUAUUGCUGCCAUGGAUCCAUUCUUCUUCACAAGAAAGAUUACCAUGUCUCCUAUAUUGCUGCUUCUUGCUGUAUUCUCCUCCCUAGGACUCCAAUUUACAGGUGCACAGCAAAUAGGAGUAUGUUACGGUGCAAAUGGGAAAAACCUACCAAGCAAACAAGAUGUGGUGAACUUAUACACAUCCAACAGAAUUGGCAAGAUGCGCAUAUACGAUCCAGAUGAAGCCACCCUCCAAGCCCUAAGAGGUUCCAACAUUGAAGUCAUUCUUGGAGUUCCUACUGAUAGCCUUCAAUCUCUCACAAACCCUAAUGCCGCCACAAAUUGGGUUAACAAGUACGUGAAACCCUACUCAAACAGUCUCAAAUUCAAGUACAUCGCCGUCGGAAAUGAAGUCCAUCCCGGCGAUGCCGGAGCAUCCUCCGUCCUUCCGGCCAUGCAAAACAUUCAGAAAGCAAUUUCUGCAGCAAACCUACAAGGCCAAAUCAAGGUGUCCACAGCGAUAGACACUAAAUUGAUUCAAAACUCUUAUCCUCCCAACAUGGCUGUUUUCACUGCUCCUGCAAGUGGUUACAUAAAGCCAAUAAUUACCUUCCUAUCUAACCAUGGAGCUCCACUUCUUGCCAAUAUAUAUCCUUAUUUUGCAUAUGUUAAUGACCAAAAAAACAUUCCUCUUGAUUAUGCAUUGUUCACAAAACAAGGCAAGAACGAUGCUGGGUAUCAGAACUUGUUUGAUGCAUUGUUGGAUUCUGUGUAUGCCGCUUUGGAGAAGGCAGGAGGAACCAAUGUAAAGAUUGUUGUAUCUGAAAGUGGGUGGCCUUCUGCUGGUGGAGUUGGAGCUACUGUUGGUAAUGCAGGAACUUACUAUAAGAAUUUGAUUAAGCACGUUAAGGGUGGGACCCCCAAGAGGCCUAAUGGACCUAUUGAGACAUAUCUGUUUGCCAUGUUUGAUGAAAACUUGAAAAAGGGUGAAGAAACUGAGAGGCAUUUUGGUCUUUUCAAUCCUAACAAAUCACCAAAAUACCAGCUCACUUUCAAUUGAGGCUUUGUUUAUGUAAUGUCUCUAUGUAACUUAAAUAAGGCUGCUAUAUGAGCCUACAGGUUUAUAUGGGUGUACUAAAUUUUAUUGAAUAAGUAUCAUGAAUAAAUAGAUACAAGCCUUCGGAUUAGUAA